AUGAACGGAACAAAUGCAUCCAACUCCUCUUUGGCCCGUUUCGAGCCGCGCCAGGUGACCCCGAUUGAUUCACUCCCUUUCGAAAUCCUCUCCAAGAUACUCUUCGAGUGUAUCAAGGAGAUCAUAGAGGGAAAACCAGCCAGAAUCUCGGCCUUAAUUGGGCCGCGAAACCAACCGCAUUCAUUCAAGCUGGUGUCCAAGUUCUGGAAAGAUGUAGCGGAGGGCACAUCCUCCCUUUGGAGCCAUAUUUCAGCCCCGCCCUACAAUCCGCUGACUUAUCGCAAGGACCCUUACGCCACUUCUACAUUUGUCUCAACUUGGCUUAACGCCUCCAAAUCCUUGCCUUUACACGUAUAUCACCCCCGCUAUGAGCUGCAAAUCCGAGAGAUGUUCUUCGCUAAUGAUCCACAGAUUCAUGCAGCUAUGGAUGCUUUAAAUAAAAGCAUUGCCCUUCACAGGCGACAAAUGUUAGAUCUUUUCGUCGCUCAUGAACAGAGAUGGGAAUCUCUCCAAAUAUCCUUUACCCUCAGCCUACUUCGCCAUUUCACUUCGAAGCAUUUGUUUGCGGGGCACAAAGUUGGCGAACGACUUUCGCGUCUGAAGAUAUCUCUUGACGACUGGAAUAUUACUUUAUCCAAAGUAAACAAACUCUUCCGAUGGAUUGCUGCACUGCCUGUGCUACGACACCUAGAGCUAGACGACCCCCACAACGUAGCGGGGGAUUUUACACUUGUUCCAUGGCGUACAUUGACACGAGUUCUCUACAGGAGACGCUUUCUGACAUUCGAGGACAGCUUCUGGCUCUUGCGACAAUGCACCUCGGCCACCGACAUCACACUCAUCAGCGGACAUGGAUCAAAUCCAAGAUGGCCACUACCAACACCCCCUACUAUUUCCGUUCCAUAUAGACUCGAGGCAACUACGAAACUGGUACUAUGGGGUUUAGAGUUUCCUCUUGACCUCCUGAAGCGACUCUCGCUACCGAGGCUUGAAUGUUUGGAGAUAACCAGUUGCUUCUCAACGUGCUUGGAUCCAGGCGAUGCUCUCUCCUGUUUCUUGGACCAAUCUCAAUGUCGGCUCAGACGAUUCGUUGUCAGUGAUUUAGCAUUGGCUGAGUGGCGCCACAAUGUGUACUCGGGCACUCUGUCUUCUCUGCCGCCUAUGACAGUAUCUGACUUCAGUUGCAUCUUGGAAGCUUUGCAGAGCUAUAAGGUUGGAAACGUUCUUUUCAGAUUCAAACAUCACACUCGAACCGUCGAGGAGUUCCAGUCAUCUACUGGACUUUUGCGAUAUAUUUGCCCACUUUUCAACUUGAGGGUCUGGAUGGACGAUACUGAGAAAGCUAGGACAGCACGCCGGCCUCACAUUCGGUUUUGUGUAGGUUGGGAAGAAUCCUGA